UAAGCUUGGCUGCCGGAAGGAAGACUCCUUCAAGGAGCUAUUUUCUGCUUGUCAGUUUAUGCCGUGGAUUUCACAAUCCUGGUGAACUCUGUGUCCUGCAGAGGAGAUGCUUGUGACUCAGGACCUCAGUGGCUCUCAGUGUUACUUCAGUCCUCUCACUUUGAGGCUGGAAAGGUAGAGGGAGAGCUUUCCUCUGCCUGCCCGUGUGGGUGAGGAUGGAUGGGGUGGCUGCUCGCUUCCUGCCCUCUGGGAUGAGUUGGGAAAGUGAUGCUGUGAGCAUUGGAGAGGGCUGGAGGCUGGUGGCAAGUGUGCCAAGGGAGCUGGAGGCAAAAGCAUUGUGCCCUUGUAAGCAAGGUGCUUCCCUGCUGGUCCCAGCCAAGGGGCUGGAGAGGAGGAUGGAUCUGGAGAGCCUGGACCAGGGUGGGCGUCACGUGCAGGCCCUGGGGGAUGCUCUCUGCUCUGUGGAGACAAUAAGAUGAGGAGAAAUUCCCUGGGAUGAGCUUUAGGCAGAGAAAGGCCACCGCAAAGGGUGAUGCUCUGUGGUCAAGGAUGAGGCACAUCCAAUGAAGAGUGAUGGACUGACAUCUUCCAGGGCUGAGAAGCUCAGUAUUUUUAGUAUGACCAACAUCUUCAGAAUCUCCCCCACCUCUCCUCCUCUCCUUGGGAUGCAGAACCCCUGGCUAGUUUUGCAUAUGUCCUUGGCUGGUUUCUUAGAAGUUACCUGAGCCCUUUCCUUCCAGGGGAGGGUGAAGAGCAGCAUCCUCUUCAGCCUUCUUCCAGGGCAGAAUGAAGAGAAUUUCCUUUGAUGGGCUAGCUUGGAUUUUGCCUUCAGAAAAGCUGGCUCUGAGCCCGGGAGGUCUCCUGGGGGAGGCUGUGCUGGAAGCAAGCCCUUGGCCAGGGGCGCGGGGGGAAUAACUCUGCAGGAGCUCGUGCCUUGGCUUCUGAGAAAUCAGGAAGGCUGUGGAGGCAAACGCCCAUCCCAUCACGCGGAGGCAGAGGAAGUCCAGCACUGGAGAUGGGACAGCCCAAUUACCCAGAACCAGCUUUUCUGCCUCAGAACUCCCCCAGGGCUUGGUGGGAGCCGCAAGGGUGAGCAGGGAUGGGCAGUGUUUACCACAAACGCGUGGCAAGGAGCUGAACACCUGGCUUGGUGUGGGGCUCCUGGAGGUGCUCACCCUCUUCAAGAGGGAUGGCAUCGCCCUGCUCCCAUCCUGAUGCCUUGGGCAGCAGGAAAUCUCCUGGAAACUAUCCUAGGCUGCAGCAUUUUAAGGAGUGCAUCAAGUUCAUCCACGAGUGCCGGCUCGGUGGGGGAGGCUGCCUGGUCCAUUGCCUGGCUGGGGUCUCCCGCAGCACCACCAUCCUGGUGGCAUACCUCAUGACAGUGACUGAGCUGGGCUGGGAGAGCUGCCUGGCUGCCACCAGGGCCUCCAGGUCCUACGCCAGCCCCAACUGUGGCUUCCAGCAGCAGCUGCAGCAGUACGAGGCGACCUCGCUGCAGGAGUUCCGCUCCUGGAUCCACCGGGACUACGGCAGGAACCCCUUCAAGGACCAGGAGGAGCUGCAGUGCUUGCUGGCCCAGCAGAAGGAGCAGCAGCUGGGGAGCAGGGAUGGCUCCUGGCUCUGCUCCCCAGCUCCCACCUCCCCACUCCCCCACCAUGCAGGUGGCCAGGGCAGAAGCAGAUGGAUGAAGAGAUAAGCAGCUGGGCUUCUCAAAGGCAGACGCUGGCCCCAGGGCUUGGAAAACUCUGUGCUCCCUUUGCCAAGUGCCCGUGGGGUUUGUGUCCAGGGCAGCAGGCAGCCAGCAUCGGGCUCGGCCGUGGGCUCCGGGGUUGGAGCGAGGGGUCAGGACUGGCAGACCCUCCCCUUGGCUGCUGGCUCAGUGUGUACCUCCAGGCAAGCCAGUUAAUUGAUGACAGUGUCUUGCUCUGUCCUGUUCCCUCAUUCCCUGGUGGAUCACAGCCACUUUUCCAGCUCCCAGGCCAGCAGGAUGCCCUACCCUCCUUCCCUGAACCAGCACAGUAUCUGGGUGCUCCUCUGGCUGGGCACAGGGUUGCCAAACCAGACCUGGGAAAGCCAGGGUGGGAUGAGAUGGAGAGAGGCCACCUUGGAACCUGGAGGCUGCUCCAAGGAGAGAGGGAUGGCUUCUGGGGUGCAGGUGUGUUGCCAAGCCCGGCUGUCAUCCCAUGGGAUGGGGAGAGGGGCUGGAGGCUGAGCUGUUCAUGGGGUUGCAGAUGCCUCUUGCCAUGUUUGGACUUUCCUGGCCCAGCCUGUCCUUGGCAGAUGUCUGUCUGACAUUUUUGCUUCACCACCCUCCCAGGGAGGGGGGAAAUCCAGAGGUGCCAGAGGCUGCAGAUCCCCAACGCCUCCAUCUCCAGAGCUGGAGUGGUUUUGGGUUUCCCCUGCUGCCUGAUCUGAAUGUCCCCAGUUGCAAAAGAAGCCACUGGCUCGAUUGGACUCUGUCAACUGCAGACCAGUUUAACACUGUCCCUCUCCAGCAGCAUUUUUAAUAUGGAAAGACUGUGGCCUUGUCCCUUUUUUCACCCAAACUCACACGGUGUAUUCCCAAAGUGUGGGCUUCCUUUGCCAGGACUCCCCACAUCCAUCCUACAAGGGAUCCUACAAUCCAUCCCAACCCUCAGCUCAGCCCUUCUACAUUUAAACCUUCAACUCCCCCACCCCACCUUGGCCGUUGACUAUAAAUCCCUCACCUGCCUUCUGAAAAAGAUCUUUUCUGCAAUCCAUGCUGAGAAAGGAAGAAAAAAAGACCCUUAGAUUAUUUCUAGGAAUUCCCUUAAUGAAAACUUCUGGGUACUCCAAGUGUGACAGGGCUGGGGGUAACUUGCCCAGCUCCUAAGAAAGAGGAGAGUGAUUAAAACUGUAAGUGUGGCUGCUCUGGAUUUGCCAUGUUCCUGGACUCAAUGUUUAGCCAUAAUGUAUAGGAUUCUGGGGAAAAAAAAAAAUAUGUGGGCUUUUCCCUGUGUUUAGGCUGAGGAAAAGGUCCCUUGGGCUGUUAUUCCACAUGGAGGAAUGCUGUGGUUUGUGCCUGCAGUGUGGGAAAAGCAGGAAAAACAUCCCAAGGAAUUAAGGAGAUCAAGGCCCAUAAAUGCUGCUGCUGGAGGUGGAAAGAAGGGAAGCUGAGCAGACUGGGGGGAUAUUGGAUGUAAUGCCUCCCUCAGCAUUUUAGGAAGCAGAAAAAUGGAACUCCUGCACAGGAAAAAAAAAGAGAAGAAGGUUGGUUUCUGGUCUUAAUAGGAAGUCAUUGCAGAGAUGUGAUAAGCAGAGAUUAGAUUUGCAGAAGGUGUGAUAACCUCUGCAGAGUCCUGCACCAGCCUGGAUGCCCCUUCCCAACCAGCACUCAAACCUUCCCCAAGGAAUGCACCAAAGCAGGUGGCACCCCUGGAAAAAUCCCCCUGAUUUUGGGAAGCCCAAGGGAUGCUCCCCCUAAGCUUCAGCAUCGCCCACGGCAUCACAGCGGCAACCGCUGCCUAAAUAGCAUCUCCUAACCCAGAUUCCCCCCAAAUUUAAGUGGUGUCCCAGCUGAAUAUAUAUAUUUUUCCCCUCUGGCUUACACCCGUGGGACCUGGAGGGGAUUUAGGACACCUGGGCACUGGAAGGCAAAACCUGAGGAAGGUAAAUCUGGGCUGAUUUUUGCUGCUUUCUGCAUUCUGAAGAGCUCCGCAGGCUCUGCUGCCCCGCUCACCCCUGUUGGAAGCUGACUGUGGGGAAGGUGGCUCUGCUGAAGUGGGAAUCAGCUUCCCAGGGUGCUGCUCACACACAGGGAAAUAAUUCCCUAGAAAUUCCCAGCCCUGCUGCUUGCCCCAAGUGCUUUUCCCAUUUUCCCUUUCCAGCUGCUGGCAGGGCUGAGGAGCAUCUCGCUCCCUUCCAGCCCCCUGCUGCCAGCACUGUGGGUGGCUGAAAAAACCCCAUUUUAAAGUUG